UGAUAUUUAUGUCGCGUGGUGAUACGUUUCUGACAUAUUUAUUAUACGUGUAACGUAUAUAUGUUUCAGAAAUAUUGUAUGUACAUAUGUAUAUGUACACACGCAUGUAUGCAUAUGUACAUAUGUGUAAGUGGUCACGUCAUAAGUGAUUUGACAGUAAUUAAUCGUGAUAAACGGUGCAAAGGUUGGGAAACCUCACAAGACUUGUAUUAAAAUUGUUUAAUACUCCCUUUCACUCCCCACGAUGAUAUAGGAAAAAAAGUCAUCGUACUGUGUGAUCUCCUGAAUGUACAUAUAUCGUAAAUAAGAUCUUAAAAUUGAAAAGAGCAAGUAUUAACUAAGGAAUAUGUAAUUAAUUUAGAAAAUACCAUGCUGGGUAAUUCUACUGCCAUUCAACGUUCAAAAGAUCAAGUUUCCACUAAUGGAGCUCAAAGAAGUGCUGGAAAAAGAAUAUCCACUCCAGCGAUGGAACAUAAUUCAAGCCAUCCACAUAGUGUUUCAAAUUUGGAUUCAGAUCACUUAACACUCUGGCAACAUCCAAUUACAACUUUACGUUACUUUUUUAGUGAAGCAAUUAUUAAUGUGCUUAGUUUAAUGAAGAAAACAUUGCUCUACAAACAGACUGUAUGCGCUAUGAUUUCAAUUAUAAUAUUAUUUCUUCUAUCAAGCAGAAUUUCUGGUCCCCAACAAGAGAUUUUUAAAUUGUGGGAAGCCAAAAUUAUAUGGUGGUUAUAUUGGGUAGGAUUAGGUGUAUUAUCAAGUGUAGGUCUCGGGACAGGUUUGCAUACCUUUGUAUUAUACUUAGGACCACAUAUAGCAGCUGUUACUAUGGCAGCAUAUGAAUGCGGUGCUCUAAACUUUCCUGAACCACCAUAUCCUGAUCAAAUAAUAUGCCCGACAAAGAUUGAUCCAAUGUGGACAGUAGGUAUAUUAAAUAUCAUGAAAAAAGUACAUGUAGAGGCCAUGCUGUGGGGAGCUGGUACUGCACUUGGUGAGUUACCGCCAUAUUUUAUGGCCAGAGCUGCAAGAAUGAGUAGAAAGAAUAAUAAGAAUGAAAAUUUCGAUCAAGAAGAUCUGAAAGAAUUGGAGGCUUUGGAAGCCUUAGAAAAUGGAGAGAACGUAUCGUUUGUAAUGCGUAUUAAAUUAAAUAUGAAGCGAUUUGUUGAAAAAGCUGGAUUUUGGGGCAUACUAGCUUGUGCAUCGAUUCCAAAUCCAUUGUUUGACCUAGCUGGUUUGACAUGUGGACAUUAUCUCAUUCCAUUCUGGAGGUUCUUUGGCGCAACCCUUCUGGGAAAGGCUGUUAUUAAAAUGCACAUACAGCAAUUAGCAGUGAUCAUAGCCUUCAAUGAAGAACUCUUAGAUAAAUUUAUUAGCUUAUUAGCAAUCGUGCCGUUUGUUGGUACAAAAUUCCAAGAACCAUUAAAGAAAUAUUUCAUUGCACAGAAACAAAAGUUACAUGAUAAAUCGUCUAUGGAAGGAGCGACUACAAUAUCAUGGUUGUUUGACAAAUUUGUAGCGUUAAUGAUUUGUUAUUUCUUAGUGACCAUUAUUCAUGCAUUAGCACGAAAUCAUCAUCGUAGACGAACUAAGCCUGCUAUUGAUUAA